AUGGUGUUUGGCUCCGUGCGCCCUGGUCUGGGACGAAAGACAACAGAUCGAGCAGAUGCGGUGUGUCAAAAGUGUCUGCAAAAGGGUCACUGGAUGUUUGAGUGCCAAGGCAAGCCAGCAUACGUCAGUCGUCCAAGUCGGUCGAAGCAACUCGCCAACCCUAAGCUGCGCCAGCCGUUUAACACGGACAAACCACCUGAGCGAAGCGUGUUUCAAGCAGGAAGUAAAGCCAUCGAUGAUGGGAAGGCCAAGAAAGUACUCGCCGAGCUCGUCAAGCUCGUCCAGCUCAUCCAGUUCAUCCGAUUCAUCCGAUUCAUCGUCAUCUUCAAGCUCCGAAAGUGA